UCCGGGGGUGCCAACAACACGUAUGACAAGUUUGGGCAGACGAGGAGGCGAGGCAACGUGACAGUGGGCUCAGGGCUGAUAGUGGCAGCGACAACCACGGAUGACCCCACAAAGGAGUGGAACCUCUUCUUCAUCCCCGGCUCCAACGAUGGCAUCAACUCCAAUCCGGACUGGAGGGCGCCUCUGCACUUCAACUCGUCUCGACUCACCAUGUUUUUGGACUACCCGCAAAUCGGCACUGAUGCUUACGGAUUUUACGUGUCGAUAAACCAAUUCUCGGAGAAGCUUGACGACUACUAUGGUUCUUGCAUAUA